GCGUGAAAUGUGGAAAGAAAUAUCGACAACCUGAAAUACCUGGCGCGGGGCAGUUUGAUGAUUAAUCGUAAGGCCGCUCCAAAGAGAAAAGAGCAAGGUUGUAGGGAUUGGGGAGGAAGAGCGUGAAAUAUGGAGAGAAAUAUCGACAACUUGAAAUACCUGGCGCAGGGUAGUUGGAUGAUUAAUCGUAAUGUCGCUCCAAAGAGAAGAGCGAGGGAGAAUGCUGCGGAGGAAGAGCUUGAGGAGGCGGGAGACGACACGUCAGCAGGACACAUCAGCAGAGCCACGUCAGCAGCAAGGGAUACCUUAUCAGCAGGCCCCGACCGGUCUAUGUUGUUGAGAUCUCAAACAACAGUCAUGGACCAGAGGCCCGGAGAAGCGGACGAGGCCUAUYAGGCCCGCAUGCUGGCCUGGAGUGCGGAGACUAAGAAAUGGGCAGAUGAAGCUGCAGCAGCAGCGAAGAAGAAGGCGGAAGAUGCAGAGCAGGCACGUCUGCUGGCACUUGAACAACAGCGCCAGCAUGACGAGGCAGCAGCAAGGGCUGCUGAUGAAGAAAGAAUACAGCGUCGUAAGAAGAUAUUCACUGGAGAGCGGGCAUUACUUACCAUGGCAGCGGCAUGGCGGACCGAGGCCGAGGAUGGCAAGUUGGAGGACAGCGCCAACAAGAUAGCGCUCCUCCUCUCGCAUCUCACGGAUCUCCUGGCCACCUGCAUUACACAGCAGGCGGAGAUCCUUGGCCUCGACACCUCGCUAGCUCAUCUCCAAGACCGCCUUCAGCGGUUGGAGCAGCGACCAGUCGCCGCCGCAGACGCAGGCUCUUCCAACACUACCGACCGCCUCAAUGCAUUGGAGAUGGACGUCGGCACACUCAAGGAUGGCGUACAAUCGCAGCAGACCGCGAUACAGCAAUUGCAACAGCGGAUCUGCACUACCGCCACCACUUCGAGUACAGAACCGCGCGAGACCACACCAAAGUUCGACGGGCAGGAGAUCUUCUGCGACUCAAUGAAGACAGAUCCUAUUCCAUGGUUUCGCAAGUUCGAGCUCACGCUGCAGUUGUCCAACGUCAAGGAACACAAGCACCACGCCUACUUGUACUCUCGCUCAGGGGGCGCKUGCYAGGCCUGGUUGGACAACCUCCUGUCCAAGUACGGAGUGGUAGCUGCGGACUUGCACACCGUGAUCAGUUGGGAUGAUCUGAAGGCGGCGUGGCACAAGCGGUUCCAGGUGGAGCCGCCAGAGAUCAAAGCCAUGGACAAGCUCAUGGUCUUUGAGCAAGGCACGCUGCCGAGUACGGACUGGAUCGCCGAGUACCAACGCUUGACAUCAGUCCCAGACAUCCAGAUGGGCUUCAAGGCCAUCCGCCAUUACUUCAUCUCAAGGUCAUGUCCGRCAUUGAGMAAUGCCCUGACGCAUGUCGAAGACACCUUGACGACGACGGCGGAGUUGUUCGACAAGGCUGCGCAGAUCAUUAUCACAAACAAGGAGGCCAAAAACCUUCGCACGGGAGUGGCAAGCAUCAUCAAUAACGACAACUGCGACGGCAAGGACAACAACGAAGAAGAAGAAGAAGAAGAAGAGGAAGCAGGAAAGGAGGAGGAGGAGGAGGAGGAAAAGGAGGACGAGGUGGAGGAGGAAAAGGUUGGUGACAACAACGACAACAGCGAAGAAGAAGAAGAAGAAGAAGAAGGAGAGGAGGAGGAGGAGAAGGAGGAGAAGGAGGAGGAGGAAAAGGAGGACGAGGUGGAGGAGAAGGCUUGUGAGCGGACGGCAUUUGUUGAUUUCGUGUCAAGAGAUGGCGCUUUGCUGCUUCUAGAGAAAGCUGCCAGUCGAGAGGGUCUCUGGCUUGAAGGCUGCCAAUUGAAGGCCAGAAAAGAUGACAUCAGCCAGGCAGUCAGGGUUCCACAUCCUCGAGUUCCUCCAAUCGAUAUGCGAAGAUGCAGCCUGUCGAUUGGGAUGUGCUAUAAUAAGGACACAGUACUGGAGAGCUGGUCAUUCAAAGAGCGACCGGGUGUGCGUGUGAAGUUCGACUUCCCGCAGAGGAAGAUCCGCUUUUUCAUUGGACGGCACACACCGCCUGGUGGAGAUCAGAGGAUACAGGCAGGAGGAGGAGGAGGAGGAGGAGGAGGAGGAGGAAGAUCUUCCACCAGGGCGAAGGAAUGGGAUUACAGUGGUGACCAAUGGUCGGGCAAGGAGCCUCAGUGGGUGCUCAUGCAGCAGAUAUGGGAAUAUGAUUCUCAGAGUCAUGUCAGAGGAACUGGGGCCAAGAAGGCAACAGUUGCAGGAGAUAGGCUAUGGAGAUCUGAACCAGAGGAGAGGACUUACGAUUCCAAGAUGGAGUAUCAGCUGGAAUUCAUGACGCAAGACCUCACUCGAGCAGACUUCAACUAUGGAGGGUAUGAUCCGCGAGCGAAGGCAUGGAUGUUGCUGCAUUUUCAUUGCCCACCACGAAUUUACUACCGGACGGCGGACGUACAAGUGUUCACACCCCCGGACCGUCCAAAGUACUCUUUCGAUGACGAGGAUGACCCGUGGGUGCGAACCUGUGAUUUCACACCAGAUACCAGCAUCGGUCGGAGCAGGGUCUACAGAAUCCAGGUUGGCAAGGAGGGAGAAGGUCAGUUUCAACUCGUCAGGGAGGAAAUUGAGGUCAUAAAUGGUACCUCCUGCAAAACGGGUGAGAACAACGAAGAUGGACAGAUCUUGUUGUCUGAAGCCAACGGCAUUGACAUAUUAAUAUCGGACGACAUCUUUGAAGGCUAUCUUGUUGAGACUGGCCAGGACUGACUCACAAACUGGAAAUGGUCGAGGUGUACUCAUGUGCGAAGGUGGAUAAUGAAACUGAUCUCAGUGU